AUGCAGGGACCCAAUUGCCACAGCAGUCUAGUUCUCGGAGUUCUGCGUGGAGCAGGAAGACCUCGCAUUCAUCCAGGGAAACCUGUGACGUCGAGAGAAGCUUUCCGCAGAUGGAGUAACUCAGAGACGGCGAAAUCAUCUUCAGCUGCCAAUCAGACCAUAUUCUCUGGGAUUCAACCAACCGGCGUACCGCACCUUGGAAAUUAUCUGGGAGCUUUGCGUGAAUGGGUACGGCUACAAAAUGCUGCGAAGGAGGGAACAAGAUUGUUUUUCUCUAUCGUCGACUUGCAUGCGUUGACAGUGCCACAAGACGCCUCUCAGCUACGAAAUUGGAGAAAAGAGACCUUUGCAACACUCAUUGCCGUUGGCUUAGACCCGAAUCGCUCAACGAUUUUCUACCAGUCCGCCGUCCAUGCGCACGCCGAACUGUUUUGGAUUUUGUGCACAAUAGCCUCUAUGGGAUAUCUCUCCCGAAUGACACAGUGGAAGAGCAAGCUUCAGUUGCCUGAUAACGCAAAUCUGGAAGACUCGGCGGCGAGGUCAAGGUUGCGAUUGGGGUUGUUCUCAUACCCUGUUCUACAAGCGGCGGAUAUUCUAGUUCAUAGAGCUACUCAUGUUCCUGUCGGAGACGAUCAAAGGCAGCACCUCGAAUUUUCGAGGAACACUGCGAACAGUUUUAAUCAUGUAUAUGGGCCCAUUUUCCCGUCACCCGAGGCAAUUAUAUCGCCUGCUAAGCGGGUUAUGUCCCUCAAAGAACCGACAUUGAAAAUGUCCAAGUCCCAUGCCGACGGACGCUCAAGGAUCAUUCUUACGGAUUCGCCCGCAGAAAUCUCCAAGAAAAUCAAUGCUGCGCUCACAGACUCGGAAUUGACCAUAACAUAUGACCCAGUGCAUCGACCUGGAGUGGCGAAUUUAAUAGAGAUCCUGAGUCACUUCGACGGACGAACUUGCGAUGAGAUAGCCAUGGAAUACCGUUCAGCCAGUCUUCGCGCUUUGAAGGAACAUCUGGCAAGAACGUUAUCCAAUCACCUUGAGGGAAUAAGGGAGAAGUAUCUCUCACUUGUAGGAGAUCAGACUGACUACCUUGAUUCUAUAGCAGAACAGGGUUCUGAAGCCGCGCGGGCCAACGCUGAAUUGACAAUGAAGCAAGUCAAAGUCGCCAUGGGUUUGAUUUAG